GUUUGAAAUGACGAAACGCACUCAAAAGUUGAACUGCGGGGUUGUUUGUUCAGGUCGGGGCUUGAAAGCACUCGAGCUCAUUACGCCCCUGAGCUCAAUAACUUGAAGACGUACUUUACAAACCAGCAUCUUUAUCCUGAAAGCUUUAUCUAACAAAGAGGCCUGUCCUAUGUGAGCACAUGAAUAGGCAGCAGUAAGGCUCGCAAUAAUGCUGGAUACACAGCUUCAACCACCUCCUUGAACAUUGACUCGUCAGCCCCAAAACUCCUACGUGUAAGCCAUGCCCAUAUUGAAGAAGGAAGAGUUGCACCAGCAUAGGCCAAAGAACACAUAUUCAUCACUACAAUGGCGCAAAUGACCUCGUCAUCCGCGAUGUUGAAGCAGACGCGCAGGACCCGUUUCGUCUGCAUCUCAGAUACGCACAACGCCACGAUCAAGGAAGAUGAGAUGCCAGAUGGCGACGUCCUCAUCCAUUGUGGAGAUCUCACGGACAGUGGCAAAGCGAAAGAGCUCGAAACGACCAUUGGAUGGCUCGACAAACUCACCAAGUACGAAGUCAAGAUCAUAGUCGCGGGCAACCACGACCUGACGAUCGACUCGGCUUUCUACAACCAAUAUGGGAUGUACCACCACGGCCAGAACGCCCAAAAGUCCCAGGAAUGCCGAAACAUCAUCUUGAACGCCACUUCCUUAAUGUAUCUCGAGCACGAGUCUCGCACUAUACACCUCUCCUCCCCCAAUGGACCGCGGACCAAGUUCUCAAUAUUCGGUUCGCCGCACACACCCAACUUCCCUGCGCCAAACGAAUGGGCUUUCAUGUACACCCGACCCACAGAGGACGACGGCGUAGCUGCCUCGAAGAUCUGGAGCCAAGUCCCUCUGGACACGGAUAUUCUGGUCACUCAUGGCCCAGCACACAAGCACCGCGACGAGACGAUGAGUCGAGAUGCAGCAGGCUGCGAGCUCCUCCAGCAAGCCAUGUGGAGAGUACGACCCCGCCUCGCACUAUGCGGACACAUCCAUGAAGCCCGCGGCGUGGAGCGAGUGCGCUGGAAUCUCGACAGCAAAGCUCCGUACGCAGAAACCAGCACUCGACAGUGGGAAAACCCCGACCCGGAGGGCGAGAUGGACUUGGUGGACUUGACAGCCGCAGGACCGGACCCCCUUCUCAACGACGGGUCCAGCGCCGGGGUCGAGGACAAGCAGCCAGGAGCGUCGAGGACGUGGUGGUCGGAGGAAGGCUCGGGAGUGAAUCCGGGCCUAGGCACGAGGGGCCUUAGCGGGAAUCCGGAGUCGGCUCGGAGUGAUCAGGCGGCGCUCAAGAGAAGAUUGGGACGCAAGGAGACUUGUAUUGCGAACUGUUCGAUCAUGGCGAAGCCGUGGGUUUCGCAACAGCGCAACAAGUCGAUUGUGGUGGAUUUGGACUUGCCUAUCUGAGAUGAGGCUUUGAGGAUAACAGAGGGAUGGUUGUCGAGGGACGAGAUGGAAUGUUAUCUGGAAGAAUGAAAUUACCGCCCCAAGCUGGCUUCCCACGAGAACGCUGCAGCCGUAUGAUAGGACAAGAUGAGAUAGAUAAAUGAGUAGAAACCUAAGAUCCUACACUUCUUCACAUCACUUAGUGAUGUUGACCGCAUGUGCC